ACCCAAAGAAAAAAGUCAGUAAAGAUGGCUGCCCGGAGCUUGGUAUCGAGCUAGUAAAAACUCUUUCAAAAGUUUGUUGUUUUCAGAGAUUGUGAUUAAAUCGAAUUGAAGUUCACCAGACAGUAUUCAGAUUGUGCUAUUAGUGUCGUGUGAACUUUCCAGAGUGGUUAACUUGCAAUGUAGCUUGUAUCAUGUGCGUGAGAUUUAAAUUGAAACUAUGCGAUUGCUGGUGCAGCUCUUGGCGGUUUUCCUUGUAACCGUCCAACAAGGUGCCUUUGCUCAUCCGUGGCUUUUAUUUGCCAAUCGCAAAGAUAUUCGUUUGGUUGACGCCACACAGACGAGGAAUCGCAAUAACAAUGUUACCAUCAUCAUUAAGGACCUUGAGGAUGCUGCUGCUCUUGAUUACCACUACGAGAGGGGGAUGGUCUGCUGGACAGACAUCAGCCUGGAGAUGAUACGAUGUGCUUACCAUCAGGGAGCAAACUUGCUUAAUAAAACAAAUGUCAUUACUACAGGCUUGGUGUCUCCUGACGGCCUGGCCAUCGACUGGCUUGGAAACAAGCUAUACUGGACAGAUAGUGAAACAAAUCGCCUUGAAGUGUCUACUUUACAUGGAGAAAACAGAAAAGUUCUCUUUUGGGAAGAUUUGGAUCAGCCAAGAGCCAUCUGCCUCUUUCCAAAGAAGGGCUUACUGUUCUGGACCGAUUGGGGAGAGAAUCCCAAGAUUGAAUCUGCUGGCAUGAAUGGUGAUCUCUCAACCAGACAUGUCAUUAUCAAAGACGAAAUUUUCUGGCCCAAUGGGUUGACCAUUGAUUAUGAAGAAGAAGCUAUAUUCUGGGCCGACGCCAAGCUUAACAUUAUCUGUACGGCAAGCCUGUCGGGCGAAAACAGGCGAACAGUGAGCCAAGGAGAUUUACAACAUCCAUUUGCCCUAACCAUGUUCAAGAACGUGUUGUAUUGGACCGACUGGCAGACUAAAUCUAUCCAUUCUUGCAAUAAGAAAACAGGGACUGGCAGGAAAGCUGUUCUAGGCUCUUCACUAACCCCAAUGGACAUUCAUGUAUAUGAUCAAGAAAGACAGCCCUACAGCGCCUUACCUUGCCAAAAUCAAAACGGCAAAUGUUCUCAUCUUUGUCUGUCUGCUCCGUACCCUCCUUGGUUCACCUGUGCGUGCCCGACAGGAUCAAAAUUGGUUGACAAUUUUACAUGCGCCGACGGUGCCCAACAAUUGUUGCUGUUGGCGAGGCGCACAGAUUUGAGACGCAUCUCCCUUGACACGCCUGAUUACACCGACGUUGUUUUACCUUUGGACGGUGUCAAGCACGCCAUCGCAGUGGACUACGAUCCAGUUGACGGAUUCGUCUACUGGUCAGAUGACGAGGUUCGAGGAAUCCGUCGUGCCAAAUUAGAUGGCAGCCAACAGGAGGAUGUCGUUAUGGCUGAGGUUGACCAUCCAGAUGGAAUUGCAGUCGAUUGGAUCGGUCGUAAUCUCUAUUGGACAGACACUGGUACCGACCGGAUCGAAGUGGCCCGACUUAACGGAACCUGGCGCAAAGUCCUCAUAUCUGAAAAUCUGGAUGAACCUCGCGCCCUGGCCUUAGAUCCGGAGGUCGGCUGGAUGUUUUGGACCGACUGGGGGAAAGAGCCGAAAAUCGAGAGAGCCUCCAUGGAUGGUUCGGAUCGCGUCGUCCUUGUAAAUACUUCAUUGGGCUGGCCCAACGGCAUCGCCCUUGAUUAUGUCGAGCGUCGUCUUUACUGGUGCGAUGCCAAAACAGACAAGAUUGAAGUGGCCGAUAUGGACGGCUCGAAACGCAAAGAAAUACUCAGCGAAAAUGUGCCCCAUAUUUUUGGUUUCUCCUUGCUCGGCGAUUUCCUCUACUGGACUGAUUGGCAGCAUCGUAGCAUUGAGCGGGUGCACAAGUGGACUGGAGAGGAUCGCAAAAUUAUUGUCGAUCAGCUCCCAGAUUUGAUGGGACUCAAAGCUAUAAAUAUCACAGAGGUUCGUGGGACAAAUCCUUGUGCUGUUGCUAACGGUGGUUGCUCCCACCUGUGCCUGAAUCGACCGGGCAAAUUUGUUUGUGCCUGUCCCAUCGGUUACGAAUUGACAGCAGAUGAAGUUAAUUGUGUUAUUCCCGAAGCUUUCUUGCUGUUUACUCGCAAGGAAGACAUUCGCCGCAUCAGUUUGGAGGCGAAUCACAAAAACGUCAUCAUCCCGAUUGCUGGCGUCAAAGAAGCUAGUGCCUUAGAUUUCGACGUCAACGACAAUCGCAUAUACUGGACCGAUAUCGGAGUAAAAGCCAUAUCUCGAGCUUUCAUGAACGGAUCAAACCUGGAAGUGGUGGUUGAAUUUGGUUUGGAGUAUCCAGAAGGCAUGGCUGUCGACUGGGUUGCCCACAAUAUCUACUGGGCAGACAUGGGCAGUCAUCGCGUCGAAGUUGCCCGGUUGGAUGGAUCCUCGCGACGCGUUUUGAUCUGGAAAGAUUUGAAGAAUCCGCGAAGUAUCGCCCUAGAUCCUGGCGAAGGAUACAUGUACCUCGGCGUUUGGGGUUCUGUACCACACAUUGAGCGCGCUGGUCUCGAUGGUAGCCAACGUAUCACGUUGGUCAACGGAGUUGGCCGGGUGAAUGGGCUGGUAGUUGAUUUUGCCACUAGACGCCUCUACUGGGCUGAUGUGGAUGGCAAACACAUCGAGAGCUGUGACCUGGACGGCAAGCAAAGGCAAGUGGUGGUCUCGGGCAACAUGCCCCAACCACAUGGCCUGACUCAAUACGAAGAAUACAUUUAUUGGGCUGACUGGACCACGCGUUCGAUCGAAAGAGCCCACAAGCAAUCGGGUGAAAACAGAACCCGCAUCCAAACUCAAGUUGAUUACGUCAUGGACAUCCUCGUCUUCCACUCGUCUCGACAAUCCGGCUGGAAUCCAUGUGCUGUCAACAACGGCGGGUGUUCUCAUCUGUGCCUUGCUCUGCCAGCUGGAUCUAGUGGCAGUUCGUCGCUUCGGUCACAAACAACGGCUUCGUCUACAACAGUUGCAUCGUCCUCUUCAUCAGCUUUGUCGGCCGCUACAACUAUGGCUAAUCUUCCAGCGGCUACAGUAGUCGUUCGUCAAUCGCACACACACCGGUGCACUUGUCCUACACAUUACGAACUUGUGGCAGACAAUAAAACGUGCGUCGCCCCCAAAUCUUUUCUGCUCUUCAGCCAAAAAAAUUACAUUAACCGACUUCUACCCAGCUCUCCGGAUAGCCCUGAUAUGAUUCUUCCUAUCCGAGGCUUAAAACAAGUUCGUGGCAUAGAGUUUGACCCUGUGGGUCAGCAUUUAUACUGGAUCGAUGGACGUUCGCAGACUAUCCGCCGCGCUCUGGACAAUGGGACACAGGCCUCAGUUGUUGUCGCGAACCCUACUCAAUCGCUUCAUCCAUACGACUUGGCUGUCGAACCUUAUUCUCGAGUCCUCUUUUGGAGUUGUUCAAGAUUCAAUGCCAUCAACGCAACCAGAAUCGACAAUCAACUCGCUGUCGGUAUCCUGGUUGGAGGGCCCACCACCAGCGACAAACCAAGAAAUUUGGCGGUCCAUCCUGUCAAAGGGUGGCUCUUCUUUACCAACUUGGUCUCGCCGGCCCGAAUCGAACGGUGUCGCCUAGAUGGCAGUGACCGAGUCAAGAUAAUCGAUACCGAUAUUGACCAGCCUUCGGCGUUGACGAUUGACACGGAAGAGGAAAUGAUCUUUUGGGCUGACACUAGCUUGAAGGUCAUUGAGGUUGCAGCUCUAGACGGAACCAAUCGCAGAAAACUCAUCGCAUCGCAGCUGGUACAGCCCAUCGCUCUAACAGUUCAUGGGCGUCACCUCUAUUGGCUAGAAAAAGAUUCACAAGUGAUCGAGCGAGCGUUGAAGAGCAAUGGUGAAGACAGACAAAGAGUGCAGGAGAGAAUACCGUACUUAUCGGAUCUGCUUUCAACGUCUACACUCGAUCCCAACUCGCUGGCAUCAAAUCCCUGCUAUCCUCCCAAUUCGGGCUGUGGACAUCUCUGUGUUCUGAUGGAUUCUGGCGAUCGUGGCAGAUGUGCUUGUCCAUUGAACAUGGUUCUGGAAGAUGGCAAGACUUGCGUCGAGCCACCGGCUUGCUCUCCAGAGCACUUUACCUGCCGUUCCGGAAUUUACGAAACCGGACCAUCUGGAAGUGGAGCAACUCGCUGCAUCCCAUUGUCGUGGCGUUGUGACGGCCAGACGGAAUGUUCCGAUGCUUCGGACGAAGAAGAUUGUCCCGAAUGCCGACCAGACCAAUUUAGAUGCCAGACGGGUCAGUGCAUCGCCAAGAAACAAGAAUGUGAUGGCAUAUCUCAAUGUAUGGAUCGAUCAGAUGAACAAAGAUGUUGUCCAAUUGGGCAGUUUUACUGUUCAGAACUCUGCCUGCCUGAUAUACUCCUGUGCGACGGUGUCCCUCAUUGCCCUGAUGAAUCCGACGAAUCAGUCAUUUCUUGCGCAAAUCGUGUGACUAAUCCAUUGGCAGGGGAUUCCUCUAAAAGGACGACGUACAUCAUCGGUAUUGUAGUUGGGCUUAGUUCCGUUGCCCUUCUUUGUUUUCUCCUUUUCUGCUGGCGAAGAAGACAUCACAGCCACGCCGAUCCAGAUGAAGGAGCCCACGAUCCACUCAAUCCGUCUGCUCCUCGGCACACCAUCGUACCCGGCCAGGCCCAGCUGCACACCGAUUAUCAGCUUCAGUUUGUUAGCAACAUUGUUGGCGAGCGGACGGCGGGUGUUGGAGCUCCGUCUCAUCUGGGCAGCAGUGCGGUCGACCUAAUGAGUGGCCGUGGAGUGAAGAAUGGAGGCGCCGUUAUUGUGGACGGAGGUGGCGUGGCAGUCGGUUCCAAUUCCAGCUGUCAGUUGUAUGACCGGAGUCACGUGACUGGUGCCUCAAGUUCGAGUUCCAGCGGUCCAGGCUAUCCUCAGGAGACACUCAAUCCACCGCCCAGCCCUGCGACCGAUACGCGAUCUCACUGCACGGAGCCGUACUGCUGCACUGCCGUGAGCGGCCAAUCUCACAAGUCGCACACAUUGAGUCACGGACGCCAGUCUGCCCGUGGACACCAGCAUCACCCAGGACAUCAAACUAGGUUAGGUGGAACACCGAGCCAAGUGUAUUCUACCUUACGAUCCUACAAGCAUUACAAAACGCGCAACCAGCCUCCGCCUCCUACUCCAUGCAGUACUGACAAUUUCGAAGAAUCUGAUUCGCAAGUGGCUUACCACAGUUCGCCUUCACCAUCUUCCAUACCGAAGAUGGGUCCAGGAUUCAAGAGUGCAAGUAGAAGGCAGCAAUUAUCACAUAGACACCAACGGCUAGGUGCGGACUACGAUAGCGAUCCUUACCCUCCGCCACCUACACCUGCAAGAUCACAUUACGUCAGCGAUGCAUCGUGCCCGCCAUCACCUUCGACCGAACGAUCGUACUUUAAUCCUUUGCCCCCGCCCCCUUCCCCAUCGCCUCAGUAGAUUCGAUCGUAGUAUUUUAUGCCCGACAUAAUUUUAUUCCUUUUCGAGAAAGAGUGUGGAUUAAGAACACUAGGCUUAUGUGAACGAAACUGUACAGCCAUUUUAAUCUCCCUGUAAAUAACGUCUAACAAAGACAAUCAUGUGCGCUUGAUUUCCCUUUUUCGAUUUUCUCCCGUUCCCUGGGUAGUUUGUGGCCAUUCAUGUUCUCUAUGAAUAUAUCUGUUACUACCAUGUUUCCAUUUUGAUAGAGUGCAAAAUGAUGAAAAUAAUUUGUUAUCGACGUCUCAUUUCGUUAACGUUGUUUUCAUCUCCAGGCAUCUGAAUUUUUUCCAGGUCUUUGGAAAUACGGCAAAAUAAAUUGCCCGUUGUGCCAACCACUUUUUUAUGUUGCCUUAAUAAUACACUGUGGUGUCUUUCAA